AUGAUCGAGAUUGAUUCACCGGUGACCGUGUGCGGAGACGUCCAUGGCCAGUUUUAUGAUUUGAUGAAAUUGUUCGAAGUAGGAGGUUCUCCCUCGUGCACCAAGUAUUUAUUCUUAGGUGAUUAUGUCGACCGAGGUUAUUUUAGUAUAGAAUGUGUUCUUUACCUCUGGGCUUUGAAGUUAUGUUAUCCGAAAACAUUAUUUCUAUUACGCGGUAACCAUGAAUGUCGACAUUUGACAGAAUACUUUACGUUCAAGCAAGAAUGCAAGAUAAAAUAUUCGGAGAAAGUAUAUGACGCUUGUAUGGAUGCAUUUGACUGCUUACCACUUGCUGCUCUCAUGAACCAGCAAUUCCUAUGUGUACAUGGUGGUCUCUCACCAGAAAUUAACAGCUUAGAUGAUAUUCGUAAAUUAGAUAGAUUCAAAGAACCACCGGCAUUUGGAGCAAUGUGUGACCUGCUUUGGUCUGAUCCUCUUGAGGACUUUGGAAAUGAAAAAAAUGCUGAGCAUUUCUCGCACAACUCUGUAAGAGGUUGUUCCUACUUUUACAGCUAUGCAGCCUGUUGUGAUUUUCUACAAAGAAACAAUUUACUGUCCAUUAUACGAGCUCAUGAAGCACAAGAUGCUGGUUAUCGAAUGUACCGUAAAAGUCAAACGACUGGAUUUCCAAGUCUCAUUACUAUUUUCUCUGCUCCUAAUUAUUUGGAUGUUUACAAUAAUAAGGCUGCUGUGUUAAAGUAUGAAGACAAUGUAAUGAAUAUCAGACAAUUUAACUGCUCACCACACCCAUACUGGUUGCCUAACUUCAUGGAUGUCUUCACUUGGUCUCUUCCAUUUGUUGGUGAAAAGGUAACAGAAAUGCUGGUUAAUGUCUUAAAUAUUUGUUCUGAUGAUGAGCUUAUGUCUGAAGGAGAUGAUGCAUUGGAGGAAGCAAAUCUCAGGAAAGAAGUUAUACGUAAUAAAAUCCGUGCUAUUGGCAAGAUGGCACAUGUGUUCUCUGUUCUACGGGAAGAGAGUGAAUCUGUAUUGCAACUAAAAGGUUUAACUCCUACUGGUGCCCUUCCUCUAGGUGCGCUCUCUGGUGGUAAAACAUCGCUAAAGAAUGCUCUUCAAGGCUUCUCUCCAAACCAUAAGAUUACAUCGUUUGCUGAAGCUAAAGGUCUUGAUGCCAUCAAUGAACGCAUGCCACCCAGGCGUGAUGGCCAGCGCACACCUGAGCCACAGGAUAAGAAACCUCACGUGAACAGCAAUGCACAUUCGUGA